AAACUUCUGUAAUUAAAUAUAGCCUCCCAAUUAGCCAAUCACCUAGCAAGUUGAUUAUUGAGUGCAGAAGAAGAGAUCGAUGGCGAGAAUCACCAGCAGCACAUCAUCAGAUGAAGAUGGGCCAUCCGUCGGGAUCCCCGUCGUCGAUCUCUCCCCUUUCUUCGCCUUCAACACAGGAACUGGGAUUUCAUGGUUGCUCGCCGGUAUUUCCCGUCAACGGAGGAGGAAGACAGCCCACCAAGAUGGCAACUCCCUCACCUUCGUCAUACAAGACGACGCCGGAGGGCUAGAGGUCUGCAAAAACGGAGAGUGGAUUCCGGCCACUCCAACACCGGGCGCCAUCAUCGUCAACGUCGGAGAGACCAUCCAGGUGUUGACCAACGACAAGUUGAAGAGCGCAAUGCACAGGGUGACGAGGCCAAAGGGAAGGAGCCGCUACUCGUACUCGUUUUUUUACAGCGUGUCGCCGGAGAAAUGGGUUGAGCCAUUGCCGGAGUUUACUGAGCAACUUGGGGAGCUGCCCAAGUACCGCAAGUUUCAGUUCGGAGAAUACUUGCAGCUGAUUAAGAAGGAUGUAACCAAUCCCCCGCAGAGGCCUGAAGAUGCUCUGCGCGUUGCCCACUACUCCAUCGAAUAAUAUGAUUCAACCCUCGUUUCAUAAGUUUCCAAUUUCCAAGUGGGUCAUCGAUCGAGCCUUCACUUAUAUGUAAUUUGUUGCUUAAUUACUUCUACUCUCCCCUGGGAAUUUGAGUCGGAAUCCUUGUAUUUGGUUCGAUUUGAUAUAUAUUCUGUCUGUUAUGGUUCAAUCUAAAUAUGAUUUGGUUCGACGAACCAACUGAUUGCAAACCAUAUUUACCGCUCAACUUUAGUUAUUGAUAUUGUGACUUAAAUAUUAGGGUUAAUAACACUAAAAAUAUUAAUAUUUAGUGAAAUUGUCACGUAACUUCAAUAAUUAAUGUAAUGUUCC